AGCUUCUUUUGUGGAUGAACUUGUAUUUUGGUUGGUGGGUAGGUGCAGAAAUUUUGGAAAUCCAUUGAAGGCUCCCUGUUUUCUCUACAACAAUACCUCCAUUGAAAAUAAGUUUCUUAGCUCUGAAUCACUCUCCAAUGCUUGAUCUAGAAUAUCUUUAAGAUAUUGUAGAAUGGCUGAGCCAGCUGAAGCAGUUGAACUCAAGGCGGUAGAAACCAAAUCAAGCAACUCUGAGGUUGGUCCAUUACAAGGAUUAUCGGCACAGAGGAAGAAGUCCUUGCGGGCCCGAUAUCUGUAUGGCAUUAUCUUCUUGUUAUCCAACCUUAUUGCCUGGUGCGUUCGCGACUAUGGACAAAAGCUUUCCUCAGAACUGCAUUAUUUAAAAGCUUGCGGCAUUGGGGGAUAUGAUUGUGCUCAUACCAUGGGAGUCCUUCGUGUGAGUUUAGGUUGCUUUAUAUUUUUCUUUGUAAUGUUUCUUACAACAAGUAACACAAGCAAGCUGUAUGAAGCUCGUAACAGAUGGCAUUCAAGGUUGUGGUCAUUGAAGUGUAUCCUGUUGAUUGCCUCUCUGACAAUUCCAUUUCUUUUCCCCUCAGAUUUCAUUCAACUAUAUGGUGAGCUAGCUCGCAUUGGUGCAGGGAUUUUUCUUAUUCUUCAACUGAUAAGUAUCAUUGAGUUUAUUACAUGGUGGAACAAUUAUUGGAUGCCUGAUGAAAGAAGGAACAAGAGUUGCUUCCUUGGGUUAUUUGCAUCAACAGUAUUUUACAUUGCUUCUGUAUGUGGAAUCGGGGUGAUGUAUUCGCUCUAUGCUCCUAGACCUUCUUGCACACUCAACAUAUUUUUCAUCACAUGGACUGCAGUUCUGCUAGUAGUGAUGAUGGUCAUAUCCUUGCACUCAAAGGUAAACAGAGGCAUUUUAUCUUCUGGAAUCAUGGCUUCUUAUGCUGUUUUCCUUUGUUGGUCUGCCAUAAGGAGUGAGCCUGCCACUGAGAAAUGCAGCCCACAGAAGACACAGAAUGGACACGGCGAUUGGACCACUGUACUCGGCUUCCUCAUUGCUAUAUUUGCAAUUGUCAUGGCAACCUUUUCGACAGGGAUCGAUUCACAAACAUUUCAGUUUCGCAAAGAUGAAGCCGAACAUGAGGAUGACAUCCCUUACAAGUAUGGAUUCUUCCACUUGAUCUUCUCCUUGGGAGCCAUGUACUUUGCCAUGUUGUUCAUCAGUUGGAACCUCAACAGCUCAACCAGGAAGUGGAUUAUCGAUGUUGGAUGGGCUAGUACAUGGGUAAAAAUUGUUAACGAGUGGUUUGCAGCCACCAUAUAUUUAUGGAAAUUGAUCUACCCGGCCGUAAGACGAACCAAAGUCGUGGACCAUGAAGAGCCAGUGCACCAAGAAGGCAGAUAAGCUGAACCCUGAGUUGAAUUCUCAAAACAGAUUGUAGCAUAAAUAGAUAGGUUCAUAAUUGUUCUUCUUUGUAUUGUUUUUGUUCUUUUCUUCAUCUUUUAGCAGCAAAUCCAUUAGUUCCAAGCCUCCAACCAAAGUAACUGAUGAAUAAUUAUUAUUCAAAUUCAAAUUUAUUGAUCAAGAUA